AUGCGCACAUUUUGAUGACGUUCAACACACGGAAACGCAGUAAUGCUUUGGUUCAAGUGUAAUGAAAUCAUCCCGGGUGUCGCUAUAGCCGUAGCUUUUUUAGCUGUUGCCCUUGGAGGAUUUUUAUUUUAUCUUGAGCACACCACUGAUGUCGAUGUAAAUCUGCUAUGCAGAAUGGCUGAGGGCCCUGCAGACCAGCGUGAGAUGUUUAAGCAGGCAAGGAAGACAGCAGCCAUCUUGGGCUACACAGGAGAGACGGGCCAGGCCUUGGUCAAGCUGCUGGCCCAAGAGCAGCUCUUCUCCAAGGUCACUCUGAUUGGGCGCAGGACUAUCCCCUUGAAUGAAUCAGACAGACCUGAAUUUGAGCAAAAGGUUGUUGACUUUGAGAAACUUGACGAAUAUGCCGACACAUUUAAGGGACAUGAUGUUGGCUUCUGGUGCUUAGGAACAACAAGGGGCAAGGCUGGAGUGGACGGGUUUAAGAGAGUUGACCAUGACUAUCUGCUCAAGACAGCUGAGCUGGCUAAGUCAGGCGGGAUGAAGCACAUGCAGUUAAUGUCCACCAUGGGGGCAGACCAUCGUGGCAGUGCUUUGUACACCAAAACUAAGGGUCAGGUGGAGGAAGCUAUGAAAGUUAUGCUCUUCCAGAAAUUGUCCAUCUUCAGACCAGCUGUACUGAUGGUGAAAAGAAAAGAAAGCAGGCCGAUAGAGACUUUGGCAAGAUUCCUGCUGGUUCCAGUUGCUAAACUCUUCCCUACAGCCAUUACAAUCCCCAUUGAAUACGUUGCUCAAGCCAUGGUGAACAAUGCUGUCAAUGCUACGGACACUGCUGUUGAGACUUUUGAAAACAAGGACAUCCAUGUUAUGUCAGGGAAAAGUGGACACUGCCCUAAAAGCUGAAUAGGAAACUUUUUUAUAUAUGAAGACUUGUAUAAAAAAAUAUUAAUAGAUCGAUGAGUUAUUAUUGUUUCCUUUUUUGUCAUUUACUUAAGCUUGUUUUUAGUUUUUAUAUAUUAAUUCAUCUCAGGCAUACAAGCAUUAUUCAGGGUAGUUUGCAACUCUCAUCUUUGUCAUUUUACUUUGUAGAACGGAGUCUUGAAAGUUCCAUGUGAUAUCAAAGCCAGGAAAACUAUGUUAUGUGAAUGUAUAUGUGAGUGCUUUAAUAAUGUUAUCCUUACAUUAUGAAACAAUACUUAAAAUUGCCAGCAUGAAACAAAACUUAAAUAUUAUACUUUCUUUUUUGAUUGAAAUUUUGUUUAAGCUAACAAUGCAUAACCAAUGAAGUCAGGUCUUCAGUACACAUGUGUUUAAAGUCUGAUGCAUGUAUUAAUUACUUUUGUGUUGUGUAGUUUAAUAUUUACCAGUAGAUGUUGUUAUGUGCGCAUUUUUAUAACUUUCUGAAGUAAUCUUGUUAUAGAUUGCUUUUUUUAGUCAUUGUAUUCUACCUUGCAGGAAACACAUUAACCCUCAAAUACAGGUAUGACAUAUUCAGUCCCUUCUCAACACAGAUUGUUAAACAAAUAAGCUGACAAAGAGCGCAUAUUAAUAUAUUUAUUUAAUUUAUUUUUACAUAUCCAUUUAAAUGAUCAUGAUGCAUGUUAUGUAAAUUAUGUUCUGGAACAAAAACAUUAUAUCUUUAAUUCUGAUUUUACAAACAUGUUUGUACUCAAUGCUUACCAAAAUGAAAAAAAUAUGCCACAAUAACUGCCUGUGAUUUUCAAGUUGUUAACACAAGGAAGCUUAGUAAAUGUAGAAAAUCAUGGUCCCAAGAGUUCGUGUUAUUUAUAAAUUAAUGUAACUGUUUUGUAAAUAUUUUUAUACCUCAAUAGUCCACCUGUAGAGUCCUUGAGUACUGUUGUGUUCACUCACUGUGAACUAUCAUGUACUCCUUGUUUUAUACCAACAAAAAACUGCCGCAUUGUGGAAACACCUCUCGCAGUAACAACUGACACAGCCUGAUGAUAGGGUAUUCAUCUAGUAUUUUUUCUAGGCUGCCCCACCAUCACUACAGCACGUUUUGAUUUCAUAAGCGGAAAAUGUGUGGGUAUGGAUCGGGAGAUUUCAUGCAUAGUAUAAACAAACGACUCCCAAUGACAGUUUUCCCUUUGCAUUGAAAUAAGUAAGUUUGGUACUUGGAUGUUUUGCAAUGUUAAAAAAGCAUACUCAUGCCAGCAAUAAAUAAAUGCUCUUCAUGAAUCAAAAUAACAUUUCAUAAGCAAGUUCUACACAGGUUAUGUGUCUAGGCUAGAAACUCGUAAAUAAAGUAUUACUGAAAAGCCAUAAGCUGUAUAAUUAAAUAAAAAAAUGUAGAUUAAAGUCUGUUAGAAUCCAACGAAUGUUGCUGUACUAGAUCUAUGUUUAUUGUUUAACCAAUUGUAUACAUCACUUUGUAUUUUGUUGAACCAUUCAAAAUACAGGUAAUUAAACAUGUAUAAAUAGCA